ACGUCCCGGUCGGUGUCCGGGAAAAAGUCAGUCAGGCCUGGGAACAGUUUGAAGUAACUAUGGCCUUUACGUUGUACUCCCUGAUGCAGGCGGCCCUGCUGUGCGUGAAUGCCAUCGCCGUGCUGCACGAGGAGCGCUUCCUCAAGAACAUUGGCUGGGGAACAGACCAGGGCAUUGGUGGAUUCGGAGAGGAGCCAGGAAUCAAAUCUCAACUAUUAAACCUUAUUCGAUCUGUAAGGACCGUGAUGAGAGUGCCAUUGAUAAUAGUAAACUCAAUUACUAUUGUAUUGCUUUUGUUAUUUGGCUGAACAUCAUUGGGAAAUCAGAGACUCAGAAGAAGAAAAGCCCAGAAGUUCCUAUUUUUGUUGUGACUGGAAUAUUGGAAUAUUCAUGUUCCAGCAGGCUCAUCUUGCAGUUGACAAAAAAAUGUAAAGUUGACAAUAAAACCAGAGUUUCUAUCUAUCUGAUUUUUUUUUUCUAAAUUGUAGUUGCACUUGUAGUUUUGGGACAAAAGAUCAGCUCGUCAGAGGCAGGAGCACUCCAGGAUUGGAGCACACUUGUUUUGGUUAAGAUAGGUAAAGGCUAUUAAAGGGCCCAGGACUGCUGCCUCUGCUUCAUCCAAUAAGGUUCUCUCAUGAUUCAGGGACGGGUUUUCUUCAAAGUUUUGGAAUACUUUACCAUUUAGGUACAACCUGAGAGUAAUUAACUUCCUAUUUAAAGUAACAGUUACAGCUAACUGACAAAUUGGUAUUUGGGUAAUUUAUUUUGAACUCUUUGGUUAACUAGAAUAUAUCAUUUCUACUAUGAAGAACUUUAUAAGUAACUACGGGGCAGUACCCUGAUUUCAGAGAGAGUUCUAAUUCUGUAAACCAGUUGUUUGGGAGCUGAGGUUUUAAGUUCUUUUUAUGCCGUUGUUUACUAGUUGACCUGAACAGUGAGGCAGGACUGUUAACAUAUUCUCCUUGGUAGCAAGUCUUCCCUGUUUCACAAGGAUUUGUUUAUAAAAUCGGUAUAACUGUUAGUUGGCGAAAUCAGCCAGAGUCACAAACCAACCUGCUCAAAUGGCUGUUCAUUGUGGAGCAUUGGCCUCUCCAGGCAUUCCUUGGUGCAGUAGCAUGCCAUAGGUAUGAGCCUUAGUUUCUCAUUCUGUUGUCAGUAGAUCAUUAAUGCUAGGCAGCUUCGGUUUGUUUGUUUUGAUGUCUUAGGCAAACCUUGUGGGGUUCUUUCCUCAUCCUAUAAUACUGUUGUUCAGUUUUAUAUAGGAAGAGUUAAACUAUGUGAGUAUCAUGUGAAUGUCUGUUACAGUCAUUUAGAGGGGUGGGAUGGCGUCCUCUGUACCCGACCACUUUUAUAAAUAAAGCUGACUUUCCCACUUAA